AUGGUGAAGUGUUCAAAGUGCCAAGUGAACCCUGUGUGCACAAAAACCCCAGAGGGCGAGUUGGUCUGUAAAACGUGUUUUAUUGAAAGAGUGGAAACAAUUGUGUAUGACUGCAUCAAGUCGUUCAAUCUCAUCCGACCAACCGACCACAUCACGAUUGGUGUCAGUGGGGGCAAAGACAGCACAGCUUUGGCAACUAUGUUGACAAGAAUUGAAAAACAGCACCCAACAGGUGCAAAGUACACAUUAGUUGCUGUUGAUGAAGGGAUUGUUGGUUACCGAGAUCGUUCACUGGAGUGUGUCCAUUGGUUGGAAGAAUAUUUGCAACUUCCGUUGAAGAUCAUUUCCUACAAAACCGAAUAUGGAAUGACCAUGGACGAGAUUGUUUCAAAGGGUGGUCGUAAUGCGUGUAGCUAUUGUGGUGUUUUGCGGAGGCAGUGUUUGGAGAAGGCCACAAGCGAAGUUGGUGGAAAUGUGAUAGCCACUGGGCACAACGGCGACGAUGUGGCUGAGACGGUUUUAAUGAACUUUUUGCGAGGUGAUGCGGUCCGUCUUGAGCGUUGCAAGUCUCUUUUGCGCGAGGAAGUUGGCGACAUUGUGCGAAUCAAACCCUUCAGUCUCUUGACGCAAAAAGAGGUUGUGUUGUACGCUCAUUACAUGAAACUGAAGUACUUCAGUGUUGAGUGUUCAUAUGCAGGGACAGCCUUCCGAGGCAACGCACGAACCUUUUUGCAAGAGACUCAAAUCAAAUUCCCAUGGAUCGUCAGGUCUUGUGUCAUCUCCAACGAACAAGCUUCUGUUAAAAUCAAAGACAAACAACAGGUAAAGCUUAAAGUGUGUAAGUUGUGUGGCAUGAAGACGAGUAGCGACGUUUGUCAGGCUUGCAAAAUGCUAGCCGAGCUUAGGAAGGGAGCUCCCAAGAUAGAGCUCACUAAAUAA